GGGGGAUUUUUUUUCGAGUAACACAGGAUAGAGCUGUCAAAUUUGAUAUGUGGAUAGCUAGCUUUUAAAUUGUUCUAAUCCUGUUGUUUCAGACAUCCAAUCGGUGUCCUCAUCUCGAUGUGAUGUCGGAUAAACGUCAGCGUGCAAGGGUCCAGGGCUCUUGGGCCAAACCAAUGCCCAAACAACCACGUCCAACAGGAGCAAUUCCCAAUUCCAGCACUGUUGUGAUACCAAGUGCCAAUCCACCACCUGCUGGUUGGGGAGUGGGACAGCGGAUGUUUGAGUAUCAACAGCCCGCUAAGCCAGUCAGAAAUGUCCCUACGGAGAAGGUGAUGGAAAUGGGGGGUGAUUAUAAGAUCAGCCAUGGUCCAUCAGGAGUGUCAAGACUGAGGCUGAUCCAUGGGUUCCUACCACCAGAGGAGGCUGACUGGGCCUUCAGUAAACUGCUAGCAGAGCUGCCUUGGUCUCAAAAGACUAACUACAGACAAGGUGAGGCCUACGAGGAGCCCAGGUUAACCUGCUGGUAUGGAGAACUCCCUUACACAUAUGCCCACUCUACUCUGGAGGCCAACGCACAGUGGCACCCGCUGCUGGUCACCCUGCGCUGCGCCGUAGAGAAGGCGAGUGGCCACCGUUUCAACUCGCUGAUGUGUAACCUGUAUAGGAACUGCAAAGACAGCAUCGGCUGGCACAGUGACGACGAGGCCGCGCUGGGCACCCGGCCCACCAUCGCCUCCCUCAGCCUGGGAGACAUGAGGGUGUUCAGCCUCCGCAAGCAGCCUGCACCGGAGGAGGACGGGGAUUACACUUAUGUGGAGAGGCUGCGGAUCCCUCUAACUCACGGCACUCUCCUGAUGAUGGAAGGAGCCACUCAGGAUGACUGGCAGCAUUCAGUGGCCAAAGAGUACCACGACCGAGGGCCUCGCAUCAACCUGACCUUCCGCACCAUGUACCCAGAGCAUGAGGGACCGAGACCAAGAGCCAGACUACCACCCCAACACUAAACACACUGUCCUUCACAAACACCUUCACACUUCACACUCUGGGUGGGACUGCUAUAAAGAGUAGAAAUGGGAGAUUGUGUGGAGGAGGAGGAGGACAUGACCUCGGCCCUUGAUGGACAUUGUUAAAUACACUUUAUGGGAUAGUGAGGAAGACUAGUGUUGACAUCAGGAGAAAAUACAAGCUUAAAACCACCUGACAAGAUUUGUAAGGAGUUGUCAACGUUUACAGUUAUGCUCACUAAAUAUGUGGAGAGCAAUGUUGUUGUUUCAUUGCAUCAUACGGUAGAUUUAAUUAGGUAUUCUAUUUACAAUUACAAGUCAUCAUUUAAUACCCCUUGGUUUGUAGCCUUUCGAGAGAACAUCCCAGCUAUAUAAAAUGUGAAAGAACAACUACAGUGGCCAAGUUGACCAAAUUAUAGCCCCGUUUUAUUUUGUAACACUAAAGGAUGAAGCUGUUGUGUUGAAUGUUUGGUAAAUUAAAAACAGAGCGAGAGAAUCAUA